AUGGCUGGCUACUUUCUCUCUUUCCCUCGCCCGCCCGGAAGCUCUUCCGUCUCGCUCCGAAGGGCGGCCGGCUGCAGGCGUCGGGACACCACCGGGGGCGUCCACGGAGAGCUCCACGCGUCUGCGCUGCUGCCUGGUUUCCGUGGUAACCGCGCCCUGGCGCGGCGGGAUGCUGGUUGGCGGAAGGGAGCUGCCGCCUGCUUGGGACCAGGGACGAGCACCCUCAAGUUCUGUGCCAUGCUCCUCGAUCUAGACCUCUGCCUGACAACCCAGGCUGCAAGAAGGAGUCGAGUCUUCCAAAGACGAGUUUACCUGGCUUGUGAAGAGGCUGCCAAUGAGGCUGUCCGGUGUGAGCGCCGGGCUCUGAGGAGUCCCGUUGGGCCUGCUGCUGUUCGAUGGAACUUCACGGCUCCGGGACAGGAAGCACCGGACUCUGACUCCGCUCCCACGGUGUCCGGGAAAGCCCGCGGGUCUGCAGAACGUGAAAGCAGGGCGGAUAAAAGGGGAGAGGUAUCACGUUCAAAUCGAACUCGAAGGACUUCUCCUCUCACCUUCCAUGUAAAGAUAGCCACUGGUGACAUUUGGGCAUAUUUAUGCUUGCGAUCCUUUAAAGAGAGCUCUGCUAGAGGUGGAAAAGUCCAAGAUCUGGAGAAGCCAAUGAAGAAGAGCCAGAACAGAGAAGACAGCUUCCAGACAAGAACAACACUGGUUGAGCUGGAAUAUGGCCCGGUUGCUCUGAACAGAAUCGUAAGGUCAGAUAUUUUUGGGCUGAAUCAUCUUUAGGCUUUGAAACCAAAAAUCUGUAUAUUGAAGUUUGAAGAGUGUGAAAUCACAGUACUUUUUAGAAUGUUGCCAAAGUUUCAGAAAAAUGAGACUUC